UAAACUCUCGCUAUGCCUCCUUCUUGGCUGAAUAGGCUCUCGCUCGAUCCUCAUCAUAAUCGAUCACAAUUACCCGAUCUUGAACAUAUAGAUUGGUCAAGAGGAUUAGCAAACACAGGUGUUGGAGGAACAUUUGCCGAAGGAUUAUUAUCGACAUCGAAUAUUGCACUACAUGGCGAAAUAUGUGCAUUGGCAGUAGAGCCUGUAUUGGGAUACUUGGCAGUGGGCACAACACAAGGUAGCAUUCAUCUUUUCGGAAAAGAGGCCGUUCAAGUAGAUUGGACUUUGAGGCCGGCAAAUAAGGUUACACAUCUCCUAUUCAAAAGUGGUAGUCCUUUACUCAUUGUCAUCGAUGUCAAGGACAACAUCUCCAUCUUUGAUCUUUCAAGAAAUGAUCCACAAAUUCGAGCUAAAUCAUCUGCUUCUCCUCAUCCUUUUCAGCCAACACAAGCGACAACUGUAGGUGCAGGACCAAGUGGACCAUUGCAUCCCGAUACUCCCAUGCGGAUAGGAGCACAUACUGUUCGGAAUAGCAUAUUAUGUGCUGAAGUAUCACCGUUGCACAAUCAUCUCUUUCUCGGUUUACGCGAUGGAACAAUAGACGCAUACGAUCUAGAGAGACUGUCGCCAAGUCCAUAUCGUGUGCCAAACUUAUGGUGGGAGGAAGAAGAGAUCCUACGAAAAUCAGGAGUGCCAGAUGCACCCAAUAGAAGACAUGUUCCAUUAAUAAUCGACAUCAAAACGCAUCCAAAAGAUAUCAAUCAGCUAUUGCUUGCAUACGAAGGGGGCGUUGUACUGCUAGACGUGACAAAAAGAACCAUUGUGCGAUCUUUCCAGCUACGGCAUCUGCCUGGUGCUCCCGGUUCAUGUGUAGGGAAUCCAGAUCUGGUAUGGACUGAAAGAGCUGCUCCUGCUACUUGCGUUGCCUGGAGACCAGAUGGACUUGUAUUCGCAUGUGGUCACGAGGAUGGUUGCAUUUCAUUUUGGCAUAUAGAGGAUGAUGAAAAGCCCAUCACUGUUCGUACGAUUGAGCGGACAGAGGUGGACAGAGCGGAAACGCUGAUGAACGAACCACCAGGAGGACUUCCCCAAAGUCGCGAGCCGAUCUUCAAGUUGGCUUGGUCUGGCUUUCCCGCACAAUCAUGGUUUGAUAUGGCACAGAACGCAAAGGGUAAACCGAAUGAUACCUCAGCACAGCAGCACCAACAAACGGAUCAGCCAAAAGAAGAACCAGCGACUGGCACAAUCCUUACCAUUCUCGGUGGUGCAACAGAGCGUCAGCCUCAAGGCUUGAUCUGUUUACACUUCCCCGCCUUUUCGUGGCCGUAUGCAAGUUACUGGAACUCCAAAACGCCAGAAACUCUAGCAAAGACACGACAAGCACUACAUGCCUCGCUAGAGGAAACGAAAGGUUCACGUUACUCAACACCGUCGCCCGUAGAAGAUUUCAUCCUUUUACCACGAGAUAAUCCUUAUUAUGGUGGAGCAUACGAUCCGCUUGCCGUGAUCACCUUACUAGCAGCAGAUCCAAAGCUUCCGCCUCUUCCUCCACCAGCAGCGGCAAGAGGCUUAAAAGCAUUCGCAUUUCCUCCUCCUGCAGAGAGUCUUGAAGCACCGUCGGUGCCAAUGUCGCCCGGAAAGAAAGGCAAUCUCGGCAUACAGCUACCGUUUGCUCAAAGGUCUCUACAAUUACCUUUAGCCCUCUCGACCGCAGGGCCAGGUGCGAUCUUGGGAGCGCAAAUGGUAGAUGUCACUCCGCACGUAUAUCGCAACCUGACGGCUCAAGCAGAUGCAAACAGAGAAAAGGCAAAUCCUACCUCUCCAAAACCAGAAGGAGGAUUUGCAUCGGUCAUCUCUUCCAUUCCGCUAAGUGCACCUCGAAAAGCGACAAGCAAUCUACCACUCUUUGGAGGAAAAGCCAAGCCAACUGCAAGUGGAAUGAAAGCAGACACCGCAGAAGCAUUUGCUGCUUUGGCCAGAGCAGAGCGUUGGAGAAUAUUGGUGACAUGGCAUUUGGACGGUACGGUACGCUUCCAUGAUGCAAGUCCACAAUUGCUACUGCAAGGUACAGAUCAAACACCCUUGGCACAUAGCAGUGAAGCGGCGAAAGCAACAACGCCGGGCUAUUUGCAAAAGUCAUUCCCAUCACCUCUUCCACAUCUUACAAUCGAUACGCACAAGCUAAUUUACAGUUCAGGUAUGAUCGGUCAUCCAUUAUUUGAGAAGCUGAAAUCGGAUCCUAUGCGUUUGAGGAUUGUCAAAGUGGUGUACGCAGCCGAGGCCAACGAGACUGCCAUCGUCUUACGUUCUGGUCAAGUACUGCAUUUCAAGUUUGGAUUUGCAAAAUAUUCGCAAACGGAUGAAGUAAUUGAUGCCGUGCAAGAAGAAGUACAACAAGAUGAAGAGAUGGCCGCUUCUCUUGCUCAUCAUAAUAGUCCUUCGCCUUCUAGUCCAGGUGCCAGUCGUGCUUCAAUGAACGAAUUGGACUCCAGUAUGGCAGGUGCAAUGCAAGAUUUAGAUAUUCAUCUAGGUCCUUCUCAAGCAUCACCGCAUGGAUCUGCACCGCCCAGACCCAGGCGAGACCCAAAGAGAAUGAGUAUGCUAGGUAGAUCGGGCGGUGGCUCAGACUUCCGUAGCAGCGAAGACAGCAAUGCUUAUCAGAAUCCCGCGGCCAACUUCCAUCCAGCACCUGUUCGGAUAGAUGAGAUUACCUUUGUCAACCAUUUGGCAACGUGGCGUUCAGAUGGAUUCAAGCCAAACAUUAUUGUUGAAUUGAGCAGAGGUGAAGUAACAGCGAUCGACCUUAGCAAUAUAGGAUUCUUGGCGAUCGCUUACGGUAUUUCAUUAGCCGUGAUCGAUUUGCGGAUUCCUCAAUUGAUCGUUCGAGAAGGCUUUGGUAUGCCGGCACAAGGAGACGUAUCACGAGAAGAACGCAAGAUGAUCGAAGAAGAAAAUAAGAGUACAAUUAAUCAUCUAUUGUUCAGCAUUUGUCGUACCGCCGCCAAUCCGAUCCUUUCGCCCACUUUGAUCGCCAGCCGUGAGAGUGGUUAUACUACUCUAUGGACGCUGGGUGUUGAUCAAUUGGAUAUGUGGAUGUGUACACGAUCAAAUGGUUCUCAGUUGGAUGAGCUUCAAAGGGGUGUUGCUGUUCAAGUGAUCGAUAUGGGAGGAAAUGUUUGUCAAACGAUUCCGGGUGAAUUGCAACGUAGCUUACGUGAACAAUCCAGAGGAGGCGAUAUGAGUGCGGAAAAAGUGACGGAUAUGAAUUUGAUGCUGUGCAUUGGUCGAAACACGUUAAGCUUACGUGCUGGUCUCACAGGUCAAAAAGUUGCAAAGGUGGAUGUCGGAGAAGUUAUCCAAGGAGCAUCAGUGAUCGAUAGAAGAGGCGAUAAAGUUUGCCUGGCAGUCACUUCUAAAUCCUUCCAUCUUUUCACUCUUCCACAUUUACGUUCUAUCACACGUAUACAAAGGCACAAUCGUGCUUAUGAGGAGAAGUUGUCGAUUGCCAAUGUGAGUCUCUCUUUGGACGGAAGUGGAGAUAUGAUCGAGAUUGUGAAUAGCUUGGACGUUUGCAUGUGGACCGUAUUUGCUACGCAGCCUAGACCUGGCUUGCCCAGUUUGCUGUUGUAUACACCACCUUCGAUGCCUAUUGCGCCCAACGUGAUUGGAAGUAUGGCUAGUAGUGUGGUGAAUUGGAUUGGUGGAAAGAGUGCAUCACUUACGCAGGGAGCUCAAUUGGACGAUAUUUUGGCAGGUGGACCUGGAAAACGAGGAUCUAUGCCUAAAUUACCCGAACAAAAGUACAUUUAUGAGAAAGUAGAGGAGCAGGAAAGAAGAGAGGCAUUACAAGAAGAAAUGCAAAGAAGAUCAGAAUUGAAUAACAGCGGUCGUAGUUCACCCUAUGUACGACAGCCAACCAAAUCUGCUCAAACAUCACGUCAAGCCAAUGCGGCUGCCGAUCAAGCAGCUUGGUCGUUAGAUUUAGCCAAACAAAGGGGAGAAUUGGUCAAUUCAUUAGAACAAGGGUUGAGUAAUUUGGAAAGAGGAGCGUCAGAUUGGAUGAAGAGUACACGUGAGAAUAUGAUCAAACAGGCAGCAAAAGAAAAGAUGAACAAGUACUUUUAAUGAGUGUACUCAAUAGAAAAGUGUGGAGAAUGCACAACCCUAAUUUAAUACACAGCCUCGCGCACGCUAAAAGGUGUUAUUAACCCGAUCCUAUCUUACGCUAGUAGAGUUUGCAAUCCUAUUUUGAGCGUGUUUAGAGAAUUCGGAUGCAUUCAUAUGUGUACCGAAGAUCAUCAUCACAUGCUAAUCAUGUACAUACAAUCGGAAACGGAGUGGGAAUGCCGUUGAAGUAAGCUAAUGAAGUACACGUUGAUCCUUUUGCUUGGCAAAUGUUGAAUGCAAUAUGCACAUCAAUG